CCCUGUAUUGUAGGCACUCUGUGGUUAUGCACACAGAACAAGCCUUUCCAGGACCAAUUAUAAAGGAAAAAUGAUCCGAAGUUUGUGCAAAUCUUCAGCUUGGUGCUGCAGUUCGGUUGUUGAAGUGAAAAGCAAAUUUGGUGCAGAGUUUAGGAGAUUUUCUCUGGAUCGCUCUGAGCCUGGUGUGUUUAAGGACUUUUGGCAGUUUGUCCUGAACCUACACCACCUGUUUCCCACAGACAUCUACAUCAGCUAUGCAGACGUACAUGGAGAUUUACUGCCGAUAAACAAUGAUGAUAAUUUUUGGAAAGCAGUGACUUCUGCACAGACGCUACUGCGUAUCUUCAUCCAGUUGCAAGAUGAAAUGGACCAGGUUAACAUUAGUGCCAACUGUGUGUCCAAGAGAAAGAAGUCCACCAUAUCAGUAUGUGCUGAUGUCAGCCACAGAGGACACGUUCAGAUUGGAGUGCCUCAGAACUUCCGUCCGGUCUCCUCCAUAAUUGAUGUUGACAUCUUGCCUGAAUCCCACAGAAGGGUUCGUCUGUACCACCAAAGCUCAGACAGGCCUCUGGGUUUUUACAUUCGUGAUGGCAUUACAUUCAAAGUAACUCCUCAUGGACUUAAGAAAGUGCAAGGAAUCUUUAUCUCAAGAAUGAUUCCUGGUGGACUGGCUGAGAGCUGUGGUCUUUUAGCCAUUAAUGACCAGAUUCUGGAGGUCAAUGGUAUUGAGGUGAAAGGCAAGACCCUAGAUCAGGUUACAGACAUGAUGAUUGCUAAUAGCCACAACCUAAUCCUCACUGUGAAACCAGCAAACCAAUGCAAAAACAUAAGAAAUCCCAUCAUCCCCACUAAACCAAAAUUCCAGCUUGAUGGUGAGGGUUCUGUAAGCUACCCAGGACUUCCUAUGAUUAUGGGGGCCUAUGUUUGGAGACGUAACAGCUCUGUAAGUGAUGAUGAUUCAGACAUAGUUAUGGAGAAAACUCUGAAACCCCAAUCUCAGCCCUUGAGCUCUUCAGGAGCCUCUCCAGCUUCCGAAAUUAGCAUUCGCAAUCGCCACAGAAAUGGCCAACUUUACUAUCAAGAACUGUGCCGCUCACAGCCCUGCCUCAAUUACACAACUCAUGCUGGGUCCAGAAUGUCAUUGCAGAGAGAAAUCAGCAAACAGCAACAUUAUAGGAGCAGCCCAGGAUUCAAACAGAGCACAUGUAGCACCUUUGAUAUCUUGGGCACACUGAGCCCAGAUCUGCGGCAGCGCCUCAUGAUACCUCAAGGGGCCAUGGAGGAGGAUGGAACUGUUAUUAUUCUAUGAUACAAACCAUGAAAUCUAUAAUGAUAAUCAUAAUUUUAGAAUAUUAUGGAUUAUAAACCACUUUGUGUGUUACAAUAUUGUUAAAUAGUGUAUUUAUUUCACUAUUUAACAGUAUAUUGCAUGAUUAGUCUAUUCUAUUUUCAAUUUAUAAUAUAAUUAAUUGCAAAUACCAACAUAUCUUUAUAUCAAUGAUUCCCAAUAAAUAAAUAAAUAUAAUAAAUACUGUAUAUGAUAUAGCCA